ACGGUUGCUCUUACAUACUGCAACUGGAAGCAACAACGGCCAUCACAACUCAGCACGAUGUAUAAAAUGUUCCUCUGCCCUCUCCUAUGCUCUAUUCCAUCCACAGCACUCCACCAAAAUGCAUCUCUUCCCCACGGCCUUAACUUUCGCAUCCUUAGCUACUGCCUCUGUCGAGGUUAUCUCAAGUCGCGACCGAACCACCUGUACCGUCAAGGCUCUAGGAGACGAGCAGAACGAUGUCCCCAACAUCCUAGAUGCAUUCGACAAAUGCGGCCACUCCGGCAACAUCGUCUUCCCAGAGGGCGAGACAUAUUGGAUUGGAGAGCGUCUGAAUCCACAUGUUUCUGAUGUUACAAUUGACUGGAGAGGCACAUGGCUGUUCUCGGAUGACCUCACCUACUGGCGAAACAACUCGUACCCCAUCGCCUUCCAGAACCAUGCAGCCGGAUUCGUCCUCUCGGGUCGUGACAUCCGCAUUAACGGUCAAGGGACCGGUAGCAUCAACGGUAAUGGCGACACUUGGUAUACAGAUGAGGCUGGGGAGACGCAGCCCGGACGUCCCAUGCCAUUUGUCUUCUGGAAUGUAACCAACGUGCAAGUCUCCAACUUCGCCGUCGACCAGCCGCAGCUCUGGUCCAUCAACAUCAUGAACGGCACGAACAUGGACUUCACCAACAUCACAGUCACCGUAGAUGCGAGUUCCGCUCCAGAGGGCGAGAACUGGGCUCAGAAUACAGACGGAUUCGACACGAUGGACGCGCACAACAUCACACUGCGAAACUUCACCUUCACGGGCGGGGACGACUGCAUCGCCAUCAAGCCGCGCUCGUCAAACAUCCACGUCUCGGACAUAACCUGCAACGGCGGAAACGGAAUCGCCAUUGGCAGUUUGGGCCAAUAUCUCGAAGACUCGAGCGUGACCAAUGUCCUUAUUGAAAAUGGUAAAGUCCCUGGUACUCGGUUCGGGACGUACAUAAAGACCUGGGUUGGCGUGCUCGUUGAAACAGAUAGCUACGAGUCCGAGUAUCUUCCUCGCGGAGGGGGAUGGGGUUCUGUGAGGAAUGUUACGCUUUCGAAUAUUGAUGUUUCGGACGCGCAGCGUGCGGUUGUGAUUUCGCAGGAUAGUGGGGGUGAGUCUAAUGAGACGGCUCAGGGUACGAGUAAGAUGGAUAUUUCGGGGGUUCGGUUUGAGAAUUACUCGGGGAAUUUGGCAGGGGGUAACGAGGUUACUGUGAGCUGUAGCGAGGUGCAUCCUUGUUUUGAUAUUGAGUUCACGGACUUUGAGGUCGUGUCCGAGGAUGGGGAUGAGAUUACUGCGAGCUGUGAAUGGACAGAAGAAGGAGGUGUUACUGGGAUAGAUGGCUGUUAAGCUGUUGGAUUAACAUUACUAUAUUAUGAAGCUACAUGUAUAUCAGGUCUAGAUCCAAGUUAUGCAAGCUUAGAAGAACUCUGGACCACGCCAGCAGAUGCCUCAAUAUCAUCAGUCUUGGGCGUAAUAGUCCCCUCGCUAGCUCCUUUACGCAGACCAACAAGGGUAACAGGGUCGGUUUGGACAAGGUACAUGUACCAGUAGUAUGUCCCCACGAACAGCCCCCCACCAACAAUAUUCCCUAGUAAAGUCGGAAUAAUCCCCUUCCAAAUAUACAACCCCACCGAAA